UCCCUUUUCUUUCUCUCUCCUCCUGCCAAGCAAGAUGCCGAAAGGAAAGAAGGCCAAGGGGAAGAAGGUGGCUCCGGCUCCUGCUGUCGUAAAGAAGCAGGAAGCCAAAAAGGUCGUAAAUCCUCUCUUUGAGAAAAGGCCCAAGAAUUUUGGCAUUGGACAGGACAUUCAGCCCAAAAGGGACCUCACCCGCUUUGUCAAAUGGCCCCGUUACAUCCGGCUGCAGAGGCAAAGGGCUAUCCUGUAUAAGCGGCUGAAAGUGCCUCCUGCAAUCAACCAGUUCACCCAGGCUUUGGACCGCCAAACAGCUACCCAGCUGCUGAAGCUCGCCCACAAGUACAGGCCAGAGACUAAGCAGGAGAAGAAGCAGAGGCUGUUGGCCCGGGCUGAGAAAAAAGCUGCUGGCAAAGGAGACGUCCCGACUAAGCGACCCCCUGUCCUUCGAGCGGGGGUCAACACCGUCACGACUUUGGUGGAGAAUAAGAAGGCUCAGCUGGUGGUGAUUGCACAUGACGUAGAUCCCAUUGAGCUGGUAGUGUUCCUGCCUGCCUUGUGUCGCAAGAUGGGGGUCCCAUACUGCAUCAUCAAGGGGAAGGCCAGGCUAGGGCGGCUGGUCCACAGGAAGACAUGCACAACCGUUGCCUUCACACAGGUCAACUCGGAAGACAAAGGAGCCCUGGCUAAACUGGUGGAAGCUAUCAGGACCAACUACAAUGACAGAUACGACGAGAUUCGUCGCCACUGGGGAGGCAAUGUCCUGGGUCCAAAAUCUGUGGCUCGCAUUGCCAAGCUGGAAAAGGCAAAGGCCAAAGAACUGGCCACCAAACUGGGCUGAGUGUACACCACUGAGCUUUCUGUACAUACAGAUAAUAAUAAACAGUGUCCUUCACCUUG